UUUGGUGCGCUGUUGUUCUCCAGAGCGCAGAGCGCGAGGUCGGUGCGUAAAGACAGUUUAGCCACAAAAUGUGCACACUGCCCCCUUUCACGUGCCCACAGGCGCUGCUGCUCCAUUUAUCUGUGGAAAGAAUCUCGCUGAGAGACAGAAUCUAUUUUUAAACACCCACCCCACCAUAACACCUCGAUGCCCGGAAGAUAUGGACCCUCUCUACAACUCCAGCGACUGUAACGGGACCACCACCACCACCGUCCCCGUUAACAACUGCAGCGACGACUUCAACCAGUUCGUGCAGCCGGUGUGGCAGAUCACACUGUGGGCUGUGGUUUACUGCAGCAUAGUGGCGGUUUCCGUGGUCGGGAACACGGUGGUGAUCUGGAUUAUUCUGGCGCACAAGCGCAUGAGGACCGUCACCAAUUACUUUCUGGUGAACCUGGCCUUUGCAGAAGCUGCCAUGUCUGCAUUCAACACAGUGAUCAACUUCGCCUACGCUGUCCAUAACGAGUGGUACUUUGGUUUGGUUUACUGCAGUUUCCACAACUUCUUCCCCAUUGCGGCCAUAUUUGCCAGCAUUUACUCCAUGACAGCCAUCGCUCUAGACAGAUACAUGGCCAUCAUCCACCCCCUGCGGCAGAGGUUAUCUUCCAUGAAGACGCGUGUGGUGAUUGGUGUGAUCUGGAUGCUGGCUCUGCUUCUGGCCUUCCCUCAGUACUACUACUCAUCUAUGACCCUGUUGCCUGGACGCACAGUCUGCUACAUAGACUGGCCUGAAUACACCACCGUAGACUUCAAGAAGAUCUACUACGUGUGUGUGACACUGCUCAUCUACUUCCUUCCCCUUUGCAUCAUGGGAUGUGCAUACACGGUUGUGGGUAUCACCCUCUGGGCGAGCGAGAUUCCUGGAGACUCAUCUGAACACUACAAAGAACAGCUGUAUGCCAAACGCAAGGUGGUGAAGAUGAUGAUCGUGGUGGUGUGUACCUUCGCCGUCUGCUGGCUGCCCUAUCACAUCUACUUCCUCUUGCACCAGUUCUUCCCCGAUCUGUUUGAACAGCGCUACAUCCAGCAGGUGUACCUGGCCGUCAUGUGGUUGGCCAUGAGCUCCACCAUGUACAACCCCAUCAUCUACUACUGCCUCAACAGCAGGUUCAGAGCAGGUUUCCAGCAGGCGUUUUGCUGCUGUGUCCCCACAAACGUCAAGGAGCAGCUGGAGCUCAAAUCACCACAUUACCUGCACACACAGGGGAGCAUAUAUCGAGCCAGCCGGAUGGAGACGGUCGUCUCUGCCGCCGCCCACCCUCCCUCAGCAGAGCAAAAGAGGGUGGAGCUGCCGUCCUGUGCCCCUCCCACCCCGAGCCACCUGGAGGUCCCAUCCAACAGCUCCAACCGUCCCCGUAGCCCCUCACAGUAGAGUCAGAGUGGCCGGCUACUGUGUGGAGACAAUGUGCCAGUAUGUGGCUGAAAGCUGGCGUUAUGAGGGACAGUUGUGCUCACAUCGUGUCCAGGUCCAUUGUUGACCUGAGAUAUUCUGUUUAACACCUGACGGACGUCGUGUUGUUGGUCACCACAGAUGUGACGCUGCAGAGGCACAAACAGCUGAAACUCUGGUCCAUUCAGCAGGAGAGCUCCGCCCAUGCUCCGCCCAUGCUCCGCCCCCGCCUGCAUUCUCCACUGCUUUUGGACAGCGUGACUCUCAGGCUCCCAUGGCAACAGUGCCACAUUAAGAGGAGCUUGUGAUGCCAUGUGUGUGUUGUGUAGAAAUAGGGUGUGUGUAUUUGUGUGUGUGUGUGUGUGGGGGGGGGGGGUCUAGCACCUGUUGGGCAGGAUUAGCCCCUUGUUUUGACAAUGUGUGGAGAAGAGUUGAUUCCACAGCAGCCUGGUCACAGGGCAGAUUAAAUAUAGGAGAUGUGAGGGGGAGACGGUGAGUUACGUGUGGAAGGAUGGAUCACAACAAACCACCUUUGUGCUUAAAAGUAAAACCUCUUUCCCGACUGAAGACCUUGGGAAUGUGAGCAGUGAUGCUAUUUCAGUUCAGAGACAACAGCUGCACCAAGAAUGUCCGCGUAUUAGACUCUCUCUAAUCAUACAUGCAAGAAUGUAUGGGGACCAUUCUCAUGUUAGGGGACGUCUCAUCGUUUAUUAGUUCACUUCAUGAACAGUCUCUGGCGCACAAGCUGUCAAACUCAAGGUUCGUGGGCCACGUCCGGCCCGCCAUGCAAUCAUGGCCCACGAGCUAAUAUGUGACGUCUCUCCUGCUCCUCCAUUGACUUCGAAAACAAAGAGCUGGAACCAGACGGGGUUUAUAAGGAGGCUCUGCCUCUCAUUUGUAUUUCGCUGUUUCUCGUUUAGAUUUAUACAUUCAGUAAAAUGAGUACAGCAAUUUAUUGGCUGUUACGUGACGACAGACCUGUGUGUGUAGAGGAAGUGAGGUAACGACAGACUGUAUAACUAUACUGCUGAUUUCAAUGGAAAAUCCUUGAUAACUUUAAAUAUUUACCACUCCUUUUGUGUAUUUCUUGGGUGAAACAAUUAAUUUUAUAUCGUGGAAACAAAUAUCGAUUAUAUCUUAACAUGACACUUCUUUAAAUUAAAUUUGAUCUCUGA